AGGGGUUUGGACUCUGGAGUUAUUAUUUACAUCCAAGCAGAGGCUAGGUUACUUUUGUCGCCUCCUGUCAGUAGCUUUGCUGUGUUUGAGUGCGGUAGGUCUCACGAUUUUAGUGCUCUUAGAAAGGAGAGGCAAUUACUUUUGCUUGAAAGUGCCUAUGAGAAGACGAUGGGGACGGGUGAGGUGACAAAGUAUACCAUUGAAGAGGAUCGAGAUGAGAAGCUGAUAUGCAUCGGCUACCAGCGUAGUCUCCUCCGGUUGAUCCUGGUCUAUUUCUUGGGGGCCAUCACGGCUGGAUUCUUUCUCUUGGUGGUGUACUACUGGAAACCUGACUGGGGUCUCAAGCUCACUCACUCCAGGAGCUCCAUACAGAAGGCAGACUCCAUACUCAUUGAGGAUUGCUUUCAGAGAUUCCAUGUUGUUCGUGUGAUCAGGGAGCAGGUCGGAGAGGUGGUGGAGAAGGAGAUCCUCCAAGAUGUGAUGAAGCAAGAUGUCCUCAUGGACGACACCUUCAUGUACUUCCGCUUCCAUAAGAUUAAAUUCUUCUGGAACCCCCAGGAGAAGUGUUUCUUCAAGCUGAGGGGAUUUGAUAAGCAAACUACUAGCGAUGAGAUCUACAAGCGAGCUAACCUUGGUAUGGAUGUUCGUGAAACUGCCCAAAGGCGAGCUUUAUAUGGGCUGAAUAAGAUUGUUGUACGUGUAAAACCAAUCCUGCUUCUCCUUAUUCAAGAGAUCCUGAAUCCAUUUUACAUCUUCCAAAUUUUCAGCGUGACUGUAUGGAUCGUAGAUGAGUAUCUGUACUAUUCUAUCUGCAUCAUUAUACUCUCAACUCUCUCAAUCUCUAUCUCACUAUAUACUACAAGAACUCAAGCAACAACUCUGAAGAGUAUGGUCAAAUCGAAUGUUACAGUGCAAGUACUAAGGCCCAACGGAGAGAUCGAGACAGUAUGGGAAGAUCAGCUAGUUCCUGGUGAUGUCAUUAUAAUACCAUCUUGUGGAUGUAAUAUGACUUGUGACGCUGUCUUGGUGGCUGGCAACUGCAUCGUCAAUGAGAGCUCCCUCACUGGUGAAAGUGUCCCGAUUACGAAGACCCCCCUCCCGUGUCCCGAGAGUGGAGAAUUAGAGUAUUCAAUGGAUCAACACAAAAGACACACUCUUUUCUGUGGAACAAACAUUAUUCAGACAAGGUUCUAUGCAGACCAGCAUGUCAAAGCUGUCGUAGUACUUACAGGAUUUUCAACUGCCAAGGGUAUCAUGGUUCGAUCCAUUCUUUAUCCAAUGCCGACAGAAAUCAAGCUCUUCAGAGAUGCUCUGCUAUUUGUAGCAAUCUUGGCUGGUUUUGCUUUCAUCGGCUUUAUCUAUACAGUUAUUGUGCUAGCAUUAGAUGGGACGCAAACCAGAGAUAUCGUUCUGAAGUCGCUGGACAUCAUCACCAUCGCAGUUCCACCAGCUUUGCCUGCUUCGUUAACUAUUGGUAUGGUCUAUGCUCAGUUAAGAUUGAAGAGACGAGGGAUCUUCUGCAUCAGCCCGCAGCGGAUUAACCUCUGUGGGACGCUGGAUAUAGUAUGCUUUGAUAAGACGGGUACUCUAACAGAAGAUGGUUUAGAUAUGUUGGGUGUACAAGAGACGUCCAAUGGAGGGUUCUCUCCCAUGGCGACGGAUGUGAAGUCCCUUCCCGUUGGCCCCUUUGUAUCUACCAUGGCAACGUGUCACUCGUUGACUUACAUCAAUGAGGAGAUUGCCGGAGAUCCUCUGGACGCCAAGAUGUUUGAAGCUACAGGAUGGACCCUUGAGGAGUCCAACCCAGCCGAGACCAGUAACUAUGAUGCGAUGGUCCCAACGAUAGUCCGUAGUCCUGGUAAACAUGCCGAUCUAAAAGCAGGAGGAGAUAACAAUGCAGAGGAUCUUGGUGAGAUCGGUAUCAUCAAACAGUUCCCAUUCUCAUCCAGCCUGCAGCGAAUGAGUGUUAUCACUAGGGCGAUGAAUGCUAAACAUAUGUGUGUCUAUACCAAAGGAGCUCCAGAGAAAAUUGCUUCUCUUUGCUUACCUGACAGCAUCCCUAACAACUUUGAGGACAUGUUGAGUUCCUACACUGCGGAUGGUCUUAGGGUGAUAGCGUUGGCAUGGAAACCACUGGAUCCCGCGCUGCAGUGGCAUAAGGCACAGAAAAUACAAAGAGAUGCAGUUGAAAGUGAUCUUCACUUCCUUGGUCUAAUGAUUUUACAAAACAAACUGAAACCAGAGACCACCCCAGCGCUUCAAGAGCUACACCAAGCCAAGAUUAGGACCAUUAUGAUUACAGGUGACAACAUCCUCACUGCGAUCAAUGUUGCUCGCAAGUGCGAAAUCAUCCAGCCCGGAAAAAGAGUUGUGCAUGUCGAGGCUGUGCCGCCGCUAAACGGCGACAAACUGGAUGUCCAGUAUCAGACUGUGGAGUUUCAUAAGGAGACGGAGGAAUUGAAUACCAAAGAACCAGUUGGAACCAAUGAAAUAGCAAUUGACAUGAUGAACCAGAACGGGACGACCUUUGCCAUGGACGGCAAGACGUUUGGACUGAUCAGAGAAAUGGAACCAGAACUUAUGGAUAGGCUUGCUGUCCACGCUCAAGUCUUCGCUCGCAUGUCACCUGACCAAAAGAUGCAACUCAUAGAAAUCCUACAGAAGCUGGAGUACCACGUCGGUAUGUGCGGGGACGGGGCCAACGACUGCGGCGCCCUCAAGCUGGCACACGCAGGGAUUGCGCUGUCCGAGGCAGAGGCAUCCGUUGCCGCUCCAUUCACGUCAAAGGUUCACGAUAUCUCCUGCAUACCUGCCGUCAUGAAAGAGGGUCGAGCAGCCCUUACCACAUCCUUCGGAAUGUUCAAGUUCAUGGCCCUUUACAGCAUGAUCCAGUUCACCACGGCGACCAUCCUCCUCUGGGGGUCGGGCUACAUCGGCGACCUCCAGUUCCUCUACAUCGACAUCAUCCUCUCCACAGUGGUCAUCCUCCUGAUGGGGCGGAACCAGGCGUACCCCGUCCUGUCCAAGGUCCCGCCCCCUCCCCAGCUCAUGACGGUUACCAUCAUCUUCUCGAUGGUCUCGAACGUGAUCGUCCAGAUCAUCCUGCAGGCCGUGUUAUAUGUGAUCGUUCAGAAAGAGCCUUGGUACACGGCUCCUGUGUAUGACGAUGACGGGGUCUAUAUCCUCAGCUUUGAGAACACUGUGAUAUUUAUGUUAUCUUGCUUUCUAUACAUCAACUCGGCCGUAGCAUUCUCACCAGGGGCACCGUACCGCAAAGAGCUUUACACCAAUUGGCCGUACUGUGCAGCUCUUUUGAUUCUCUAUGGGAUGAACCUCUUCCUUCUUUAUGGACCUCCUGAGAAACUAAGAGAGGAAUUUGAGAUCAUGGAUAUUCCGGACUACGGCUUCAAGACCAUCAUCCUAGCCUUGGGGGUGCUUCACUUUGCAUUGGCAGAGAUUAUCGAGCUCUUCCUCGUUCCUUGGAACGCCCUCAUGUCGUUCAUGACCUGUCGAUGUCUUCGUCGGAAGACCCUGAACACCUUCCAACGCCUGGAGAUGGAGGAGGUCAACCAGUUGUCAUGACAACCACCAUGUUUCAACCACUCGCCGGAGCAGCUCUCAAAAUGUUGGUCGGAUUUUAAGUUCAUCUUGGAAGAGAAGACUUAUUGGAUGAGAGCAUGUGCUCAGUGAAGAGACAUAGACUAUCUUAAGCACAAAUUUUUUAAACAUCAAGUAUUGUUUUUUUUUUAUAGGAAGACUGUUUUCAUGUCAAAUUGAGGCGAUUCAGCUAGCCAUGUGUGAAAGGGCUUUCUUCAAGUUCUUUGUAUGGACUGCUCAAAGAAUAUUAACUUGUUUUUGUUGCAAUGUUAGACCUUUUGAAUUGUGGUUGCUAAGAGAUACCAAAUAAAUUCUUUAAAAAAUACCAAAUGUCCUCCACGUUUAUGUUGCCAAUUUGAUAAUGAUAAAUUUCAUGAAAAUGUGAAUGUGUGCGUUAAUCCCAUUUUUGAAAAAAGAGAUAUAUAUUUUUUUGUUAUACAUGGGACCAUUUGAAAUUAAAAUGCAAGUUUUAUUAAGUGAAUCCACAGUUGAAAACAUUAAAAGAAAAACAACAUGGUGAUACUGAAAUACUUCCAAUGUUUGAUGACAUGUGAACAUUUUAUUGUAAACAUGCUGAUUUCAGCCUUUUGGCUGUGUAACAUGUAUUGUUUUUAUACGAAAUAAACCAUGAUUGAAUUUAAUUUUGAAUUGAAAUGAAUUGAUUGAUAAACUACUUAAUCAUGAUUUAUAGGAGCCGUGGUGUAGUGGUUCAGACUCUCGCCUUGUAAACAGAGGGUCGUGUGUUCAAAUCCCACCGCGGUCUGGCGUCCUUUGGCAAGGCGUUAAUCCACACUUUGCCACUCUCGACCCAGGUGCUAAAUGGGUACCCGGUAGGAUGUGAAAGUCAUUGUAGCUUGUCCGGUACUGUGUGCGCCUCACAGGCGACUGACUGGAAUACUCCCCAGGGAGUGGAGGAUGUGCACACAUUGUGUGCGGGAAUGACUGAUUGAAUCCGAUGACCGAGGUAAUAAUAUAUCUGUAGAGCGCUUAGACACGUCGUUUCGAUGUAUUAAGCGCUAUAUAAAAGCGGAUUAUUAUUAUAGAGAUGUUCUGUCUUGCACAUUUUCACUUUCAUAUGCCAAGUAAUAACAGUCAGUUAUUAUGACUUGCUUUGUCUGUAUAAUCACAUGUAAUCACAUUUUUUUUUUUAAAUCAUGGCUGAUGAUAUUUUAGUAAAAACGCUUUUUUUUUAUCAGGCAUUUGAUGCAGAAUAAUUCCACUCUUCCUUUGUAAUUUUCUGAGUAAAAAUUGACAUUCACCUUGAAAGUUGAUUGAUCCUGUAAAAAAAAAAUCUUUAAAUGGGUACUCAUUUGAACUUUGUUGAAAUGUUUUCCAAGUUGCUUAAACUUGUGACCAAUUUUUAGAAGUGAAAUUAUUCCUGAGGUAUUUGUUAACAUAUUUGCUAUGUUAAACUUGUCACACAAGAUUUUUUUUUUCUUCUUUUCAACCCCUCCCCCCCUCUGAAUCUUUUACUUGGAAAGAUGUUCUCUGAACAAACUGUAACAUAAUGUAUGUAUGUGUUUUUAUAUACUUUCUUUUGUUUUUAUACACUUUCUGUUAUUUCUUGUUUUUCUACUCAGGUCUACUGUCAAAUAUUAAUCUUGUCUGAAAACUACAUUCUUCAAAGCAAAUAUUGUUGCAUAUUAUCGAGGGAUGAUGUAUAGAGAUUUGAAAAAAAUUACGAGUGCUAACAGUAACAAAUAUCUUUUGUGUAAGUUUUUACAAAGGAUAUUCAUUGUAAUUUAUUUUUUGCAUGCCAGAAAUGUAUUAACAUUCUAGAAUAUGUUUUUACCACAUGGGAUAAACCCAUUCGGUCUACUAUCUCUUGGUCUAAUUGCCAGUUGGUCUACUGUACACUUGGUCUAAUAACCACUUAGUCUAAUUCGCAUAAGUCUAAUGCCUCGUUAGUCUUACUUUCCAUUGAGUGGUCUUAUUAUUUUAUUUUCUUCACUUUGCCAAGUAGAAUUUGAUUCAUAAACAUUUCACCUAAUCAUGUAGACUAAAACCCAGUGCACACUAUCGGCAUGUUUCUACAGAGAAUCGUUAAAACAGUUUAUCUUUUCCGGAAUGGAAAAACCGUAUUGCUCAAACCAACCCGUUUCUACAGAGCGAAUAAUCCGAUUAACUCACAUUUUGCGUCGCAAAUACCGCGCCAACAUGGCAAUAACCACCUCCCAGAGGUGGUUAUGAGAAACAGUAUUUUGCGUGAUGUGGUUCAUCAAUAAAGCGCAUCGCGUCUGUUUCUACAGGAAAGUUUUCUGGAAUUCUGGAUACGUACGCGGGUAAUACCAUUUAACGAUUCUCUGUAGAAACACGCCGUAUGCGACACAAUUGCAUUAUGACCAGAUUGCAAUGAAAUCACAGUGCAAUCGCAUCGCAGGAUGUGCGUUGGGCUUAAGCGGUGUCAGACCAAAUGGAUUUAGCACGGCUGGAAAUGAGAUAUGGCAUUAUGUGCGUUAAGUGGCAAGUAGGCCCAAUGGUUGAUAGACGGAACUGGUUGUAGAUGAAGUAGGAUUAAAUCAUGUGCGAUGAGACCAAGUGGAAAGUAGAUGAAGUGGGUGUAUACCGCUGUUCCUUCUCUUGAAGAGGUUGGAUGUCAUGGUUUUCCAUCUGUCUCUAUCCAGUGCUAUCUUGCAGCAUUCGUUUAUCUUCCUGCCUGUCAUCUCUUCAAUAUUUCCAAGUCAGCUUUUUCUUUUAUACCAUCAGUAAUUUACCAUAUUUAUUGCCAUUAUGCCACAACGACUUAACUGCCUUCUGAUUCUUCAAGUGUUAAUUAUAGUGAAGAUCUACCUCUAGUGAUUUAUACUGCUUUUCAGGCGAUGAUUUGUUCUUGCAACUACAAUCGUUGAAUGUUAAACAUGUGGUAAGUUCAUGGUAAUUGUAAAAUGACACAUUUACAUGUGUAAUUGAUCCCUUUAUUUUGAGAAGUCAAGCUGCCAACUCAUUUGUUCCUACUUAUUUUCCUAUUUUCUUCUUUUAUAAUGGUAUAAUAAUUGGCGAUAGAAAACAGGCUUGAGAACUUGUAGUAUGAAGCACUUUGGCACAUACACCUGUAUUAUUGAAAUCUACGUCUGUAAACUCAUUGAAAAAGAUAAUUUUAAUCUCAACUUAGUUGUUUUGAUUUUGUGCCUUAUGAAUAUACGUUGAAGUAUGUUUUAUGAACUAUCAUCUUUUAGAAAUUAGCAAUAUAUUGAUUUUAGGUUUGUAAAGUUAGACUACUGUAGUGUGUGAAAUGUAGGAUAUUAAUUCAUGUAUCUCUUUUUUUUUUUGCAAUUAUAAUUUAAAAUUAAUAGCCACU